AUGAACGCACCAGGCACCCACCACAAAAGUCACAGAGCUAUCAUUGCCAACCCUUACCAUAUCUUGGAAGGACAACAAAUUCAAAGAGUGAAACAAUCAAACAAGAAAAUGAAAACUAUGAUAUUCCUUUCUCCCAAGUUCGCACACGUAGGACAAAAACAUGCAUGUGCUUCACUCGCUCAAUAG